AUGAGAAUCAACACCUUGCUGCUCGCAUGCGGGCUCUCUGCAUCCUUCCAGGGGGUUCACGCAGAAGCUAACACCGAAAAGACCAUCGCUACUAUCUGGGAUGACUUCAAGAACGCAGUGGAUUGCGGUGGUUGUCAAGCUCUCCUUGGUACACUCAAAGUUGCCUCGGGACUGGGUGAGAAGUUCUGGCUCGACGUAUUUACCGGGCUGUGCACUAUCACCGGGAUCGAAGACCCAGAUGUUUGUUCUGGAAUCAUCGCGGCAGAAGGACCUUCGCUAUAUGCCGCUUUGAAGACUAUGCACUUGAACUCCGGCACCUCCAAAACGUUAUGCGCUAGUUUGCUUGGUCUCUGUCCGUACCCUGAGGUCCGUCCCUACGACCUCACGUUCCCAUCCCCCAAGCCAAAGACUGUAAGGCCGCCGCCUAGCGGUAAGUCACCGAUCAAGGUCGUCCAUUUCAGCGACACACAUGUGGAUCUCCUGUACGAGACCGGCUCCAAUUACGAGUGCAACAAGCCUAUCUGCUGCAGGGCCUAUGAAGAUAAAGAUGCACCUGGAGUCACAGAGCAUCCGUGUGGGCCAUAUGGAAAUCCGCAGUGUGAUCCUCCCGCAAGACUCCAGGAGAGCAUGCACGCCGCUAUCGCACAAAUCAAUCCGGAAUUCUCCAUCUACACCGGGGAUGUGAUAUCCCACGAUGUCUGGAUGGUUGACCAGGCCAAGGUCCUGGAAGGGCUCAACGCUACGUACAGUGCAAUUGACAGGGACAUCGGAACCGUAUAUGCUUCCAUCGGUAAUCACGACACCGCGCCCCUCAAUCUCUUCCCACCAACCAACGCCUCAAAAGAUGAUGACCCGGAGUGGGCGUAUCAAGCACUCGCAGAAGAUUGGUUCUCGCUCACGGGCGUUCCUUCCGUCCAAGACGCAGACCAAUACGGCUCAUACUCAGCCGUCCACCCCGGCAGCAACCUGCGCAUCAUUUCCUACAACAGCGUCUUCUACUACAUCUACAACUUCCUCAUGUACGGAGAACCGAUAGAGCAAGACCCACGCGGGCAAUUUGAAUGGCUCAUCCAGGAACUGCAAGCCGCCGAGGACGCGGGCCAGCGCGCAUGGCUAAUUGCACACAUUCCCUCUGGCGUCCCAGAUCACUUCCGCGACCACUCGCAAUACUUUGACCAGAUCGUCCAGCGCUACGAAGCUACCAUCGCAGGGUUAUUCUACGGCCACACGCACACAGACGAGUUCCAGAUCGCAUACUCAGACUACAACAACCGGGACUGGAACACCGCCACAGCAAUGGGCUAUAUCGCUCCAGCAAUGACCCCGACCGAAGGGUCAGCCUCGUUCCGCGUCUACGACAUUGACCCAGUUACCUUCGGCGUGUUGGAUUAUACUCAGUACAUCGCCAACAUCAGCGACCCGUCCUACCAGGUCAAGCCUGAGUGGGUACCGUAUUACUCCGCGAAAGCAGACUACGGAUCCAAGAUCUCUCCUCCGGUCACGGAUCCUAAGGCCGAGAUUACGCCUGCAUUCUGGCACAAUGUCACCGUUGCCAUGGAGCGUGAUCCGUCCGUUUUCCAGGAUUUCUGGUCGAGACGCGUUCGUGGACACGAAGUCGAGGAAUGUGACGGCGACUGUGCGAAAAGUGAAAUAUGUCAGCUUCGUGCUGCGAAUGCGCAGUAUAACUGUGUAAAGCCGAAGGCCUUCAACUUCAAGCGUGAUGGAGAGGAGAGUGUUUUGGUCGAAAAAGAUCCCCAUGUUAACUGUGAUCAUGCUGGAAUGGCGACUAUUAUCGCGAAGAUGAUGCAUCGGGCUAAGAUUGACCGGAAGAAGGAGAUUGAAGCUCGGUAG